AGCUUGGCGUGCUCUCGCGGACUCGGCGGCCGCACAGCUGCGGCGAGAUGGCACCGGCCGGAGGCCCCGGGGCCAAAAAGGGUAUUUUGGAACGUCUGGAGAAUGGGGAGGUUGUGGUUGGAGACGGCAGCUUUCUCCUAACUCUGGAGAAGAGGGGCUACGUGAAGGCAGGGCUCUGGACUCCAGAAGCCGUGGUGGAAUAUCCCAAUGCAGUUCGUCAACUUCACAUGGAAUUCUUGAGAGCAGGAUCAAAUGUCAUGCAGACUUUCACCUUUUCUGCCAAUGAGGACAAUAUGGAGAGCAAGUGGGAAGAUGUGAACGCCGCUGCCUGUGACCUUGCCAGGGAAGUGGCUGGAAAAGGUGAUGCUUUGGUGGCAGGGGGGAUCUGCCAGACAUCGGCGUACACACACCACAAGGAUGAAGCUAGAGUUAAACAACUCUUUCAACGUCAGCUAGAUGUUUUUGCCAGGAAAAAUGUGGACUUCUUGAUUGCCGAGUAUUUUGAGCAUGCCGAAGAAGCCAUGUGGGCUGUGGAAGUCUUAAAAGCGCUGGGUAAACCUGUGGCAGCUACCAUGUGCAUAGGCCCAGACGGAGACAUGCAUGGUGUAUCACCCGGAGAAUGUGCCGUUAAGCUGGUGAAGGCAGGGGCUGCGAUUGUGGGCGUGAACUGCCGAUUUGGACCCAGCACCAGCUUGAAGACGAUGAAACUCAUGAAGGCGGGCCUACAGGCUGCAGGGUCGAAGGCACAUCUGAUGGUGCAGUCCCUAGGCUUCCAUACACCGGACUGUGGCAAAGGAGGGUUUGUGGAUCUCCCAGAAUAUCCCUUUGGACUGGAGCCCAGAGCUGCAACCAGAUGGGAUAUUCAGAAAUAUGCCAGAGAGGCCUACAAACUCGGGGUCAGGUACAUUGGCGGGUGCUGUGGAUUUGAACCCUACCACAUCAGGGCGAUUGCAGAGGAGCUGGCCCCAGAAAGGGGCUUUUGGCCUCCUGCUUCUGACAAACAUGGGAGUUGGGGAAGCAGUCUCAAUAUGCACACCAAGCCCUGGAUUAGAGCCAGGGCCAGAAGGGAGUAUUGGGAAAAUCUGCUGCCAGCUUCGGGCAGACCUUUCUGUCCUUCACUGUCACAGCCGGACGUCUAAGGAGUAGUGCUGUUUCAGAAUAACAGAACGGAAGGACGUCCCCCUCCACCCCCGUCUGGAACUCUUCCCCGCCUUUACCCCCAGCCCACCUUGCUGCCUCCAGUUGCUGAACAGCUAAUGUGCUGCUGGCCCUUCGGUUCCGUCCAACAUACACAUCUCAUGCUCCCACUGUGGACAAACACCCAUCUGCAUGCUGCAGCAGAUGCAGAGGUGAUGGGAAAGGGCCUCUGCAUAGAGGUCCUCCAGCUCCUUACUGUCCAGUAAUGCUGUGCUACAUUCUUUGGGAGGUCAUCAAGAAUAGCAACACGUGGUGCACCUGAGUCGUUCAGUCAGUUAAGCAUCUGGUUUUGGCUCUCAUGGUUCUUGAGUUCGAGCGCC